UUCAAUUUAUGUUCUUUUCGAUUUUAGUAUAUAUUGAUUGGUAAAUAACUGUAUCGGAUUCAUUCUAACCAAUUACGAUUGGUAUACCAAGUGAUGGCAAAAGCCUUUAACGGUUGGCAAACAAGAAACCAACAGUUUUUAAACUAUUUUUCGCGAUUUCGUGCAUCAUCACUCAGAGUAAUUAUUGUUGCUCUGCUUUUGUUGUUGCCAUCGUCAUCUAUUGUGAAUCGAUGUCCUGAAUUGUCUGUGGUGCAAGCAUUACCCAUUGGCUUGCAACUUGUUGAUCAUUGGAUUGUUAAUCGAUUCGAUUCGACCAUUGGAUCAGUGAAUCGAUCAAUCAUAUCACAAGAACAAGAAUUACAAUUCAUUAAAAAAAGUCCCUCACCCGAUGAAGUUACAGAUGUAAUUCAAACACUUCAAUCAUCAAACAACGAUCAUCGAGUCGACAUCAAUUCGACGGAUUCGAUUUCAAAAUCAGUGGACGAUCAUCAUCAUCAUAUUGUUGCAGAUAAUAGUCAAGAAAAUUCGAAUCGUGAUUCGCUAUCCAUAGUGAUCGACAAACAUUUGAAAGAAGAAGAUAAUUCAAAGGCUCUUUUUGUAAUUGAAAUUUUGUUAAGAAUUGUCAUAUUUAUAUAUUGCUGCUUGGUUAUCGGUUAUCUUUGUGACGAAUAUUUUGUUCCUUCAUUGAAUAGCAUCGGACAAACAUUGAAUCUCAGAGACGACCUUAUCGGUGCUAUACUUAUACCAUUUGGUACAUCUGGUCCUGAAAUUUUCUCUUCAGCUAUCGGUGUAUUUUUCACCGAAAAUGAUAUUGGUACUGGAGCCAUCAUUGGUAGUGGUGUAUUCAAUAUAUUGGCAAUACCGGCAGCAUCGGGAUUGGCUGCUGCAUAUUUCAUUGGCAAAUCGAUUCGAUUGGAUAAACAUGCCGUACUUCGUGACCUUACUUUCUAUUUUAUAUCAAUUAUUGUCCUGAUAUUGGCCAUUAAAGACAAUACUGUCGAUUUUAUUGAUUCAUUACUAUUCACGAUAUUAUUCGUGGUAUAUAUUGGUGUCAUGUUCUAUAGUGCUACUAGUGGCCAAGAACAACCUGAAAAAAAACCGCAGAAUCUUUCACCGAUUCAAUCGGUUGAAAAGCCAUUGCAACAAAAACAACAUUCCGAAAAUGAUCGAAAAUGUUUACAGAACAAUAACCAACAACAACCAUUGUCAACAGGUGGUAUCCAUCUUCCCAAUUUAACAAUCAAUUUUGAUAAUAAUUUUAAAACCGAAAAAUCUCCAAUUACAAAAAAUGGCAAAAACAAAAUCAUGAAAGAAUACCUUAACAAAUGCAAUGAAAUUGCUAAGAUCAACAAUUUGUUGAUUAAAGAUAAUCGAAUAAGCAAUCACAAUCAUCAACAACCACAACCGGAUAGCAAUGAAAAAUUUGAAGAUAAAUUUAAAUUUGAAAUAUUUAUCGAGAACAUAAUUGUCCAGGAUGCAAAAUUAUUAAAGUCAAAAUCGGAUUAUGAAAAACUGGGCGAUGAAUGUGAUGAUAAUGGUGUCGGCUUUACUAAUAAUAUAAUACUGCGUAUCAUAUUGAUGCCGUUCAUAGUGAUAUAUUCAAUUACAAUGCCAGCAAAAUGGCCAGUGGUAACAUUCUUUUUCUCCAUUGUUUGGUUGUCGCUUUUAUCAUAUGUGACCGUAUGGUCAAUUAGCGGUCUAAGCGAUAUGAUCGGCAUACCAUCAACGAUUUCGGGGAUGACCAUUUUAGCUGCUGGAUCGGCUGUACCUGAUCUUGUUACAUCGAUUAUUGUCAUCAAAAAAACUGGCCAAGCUUCCAUGGGAAUAUGUGCAGCAAUAGCAUCAAAUAUUUUUGCUAUUCUAUUAGGCCUGGGUUUACCAUGGGCCAUACAAUUCUCUUUGAAUUGGAUUAAAACUGGAACCUAUCAAAAAUCUAUGAUUAUAUUACAGAGCAGUGCAUUGCCUUAUACAUCUAUAUUAUUAUUGGGCAUCGUUGCCCUCUUAUAUUUGACAUUUAAACAAUGCGAUUGGAAAAUUUCAAAACAAUUUUCAUUCAUUUGUUUCCUUCUACAUGUGGCAUUUGUUGUGUGUAGCAUAUUUUUAGAAAUAUCAAUUAGCUGACAAUAAUUUGUUAUUAAUUGUAAUGAUCAAUUUUAAAAUAAAGUUCGACCAAUUUUAUUUGUGAA